AGAUUCACAGGAACUUGAGCGAGGCAAGCUAUGCUUUGGACAAGCUCGCCUUUGCUGGAACCCACCUCAUGUUCUGCUAGCAAGCGGGAUGGGCUCUACAUGAGUCAUUUCGAAGAGAGCUGGUUUUACGGACUGAAAACGGGAAUCAGUGUUGUGAUAGGUGACGCAACCGGAGUUCAGAAGGGGAGGAUGACUUCGGCUGCACGUCAAGCCGAAGUGCAAGAGCAGGUGGUGCCGCUGCUGGUUUCCAAGGAUGGAGGAGGCCAUCCAGAUUGCCCCGGCUGCAAGGCUGCGCAUCUCCAACGGCAAAAUGCGCCGGUGCCAUACAAGCUGCUGGGCUUUCUGGGAAUUGUUAUCCUCGGCAACUGUCUGCCAAUCUCGGUUUUGUACCCGUUUGUGUAUUUCAUGGUGAAAGACUUUCACGUCGCGAAAUCGGAUGAAGACAUUGGAUAUUAUGCUGGCUGGCUUGGCUCUUCGUUUAUGGCUGGAAGAGCUGUGACUGGACUUGUCUGGGGGAGGAUUGCAGACAAGUAUGGUCGAAAGUCUGCUAUGUAUCUUGGCAUCACUUCAGUACUGGUGUUCAACACCCUCUUCGGAUUGAGUACUAAUUUCGCAAUGGCUCUGGCAACCCGUUUUAUUCUUGGGAGCUUCAAUGGGGUUCUCGGAGUGGUGAAAGCUUAUGCUUCUGAGAUUUGCAGCGAGGAGCAUCAGGCUGUUGGUAUGUCGACGGUUGGGACCGCUUGGGGAUUGGGAUUGAUUAUUGGCCCAUCGUUGGGGGGAUUCUUGGCUCAGCCAGCUGAGAAAUUUCCGAAUGUCUUCACAAAGGGCAGCAUUUUUGCAAGAUUUCCAUAUCUCCUGCAAGCACUUUGCGUUUCCGCUAUUGCUGUAGUUGCGCUUUUUGUGAUCCCUGCGCUUCCGGAAACGUUGCACAAACAUCACAACACGGUGAAGGACGAGGAGUCCUCAGUUGAUAAGUCACAAGAGGAGGACCAGUCCAUUUGGACAAACUGGCCUUUGAUGGCGUCCACAGCUGUCUACUGCUUCUGGUCUCUUCAUGAUAUUGCUUAUACAGAGACUUUCUCGCUAUGGUCUGUCAGCCCACGCGCAUACGGCGGCCUUGGGUUCACAAGCUCUAAUGUUGGUGCAGUUCUAGGAGUGUCUGGAUUCGCCAUGCUUGUGGCGCAGUCUUUGUUGUUUCCUGUUGUUGCUAGAUUGAUUGGAGCAAUCCGAUCUUGUCGCUAUGCAGCACUUAUUACUAUUCCGCUGCUAGUUUUGUACCCUUUCUUCAAUAAAAUUCACAACAGUACCUGGACACAUUUAAUAGUUUUCUCGGCUUCGAUUAUGAAAUACGUCCUCACGGUCGCAGCAAUGACCGGCUCUUUCAUGCUCAUUAACAAUACGGUGAAGCAACGCCAAAGGGGCGCUGCUAAUGGAUUCUCCGUGAGCGUCGUUUCAGUUUUUAAAGCAAUAGGACCAGCAGCCGGAGGGAUUGUUUUUGCGUGGGCUCAAACGAGACAAGACGCGUGGUUUCUACCUGGUGACCAUUUGGUGUUUUUCUUCCUCAACGUGUUCGCGUUCCUCACAGUAAUCUCUACGUUCGAGCCGUUCUUGCCUCGAUCCGCAGACAAACUUAUGGAGGAAGACAUUUGAGAAGCACAUUGCACCUUCUGUGGACUCUAAUCGAUUCUCCCUUAAAGACAAAAGCGAGCAUGACUUUGCAGAAUGACCAAAAACACAGAAGCGCGGAAGUCAAAAGCUUCUUGUUGUAUAUGAUUAAUUUUUUUCCUCAUAUAAAUGAAUAAGCAAUCAAUGAUUGUGCAAGGAAAUUUGGUGA